AUGCCUACAAAAGUUGUAAAACCUUCACAAAAAAAGCCCCAAAUCAAGGCUUGCCUCAAGUGCAGACUUCGUAAGGUGAAAUGCAAUCGACAAUAUCCUUGUUCUCGAUGCAACGAAAGCAAUGAUACAUGCAUUUACGGAGAAAACAUCAUGGACAGUCGAAUGGACGACUUUGGUACUCCCCGUCAUAUUACUCCUGUCGGUACGGAUGAUAGAGAAGAAACAGGGCAAUUAGAGGUAGCUCCAUCAAUCUCAAAUCAUUUAGAAAUAGAACGCAGGAAAUGGGCCUUUGUUGAUUGGAGAAAGCUUGUAGAGUUAUCGCAACAAAAAGCAAAGGACCAUUUUUUAAAAGAUGCCGAGUCUACUUUAAUUGAGUAUCUUCGAAAAGAUCCUUCUAUGCUGGAGAUAAUAGAGGAGUUACGGAAACUCCUCCCGCCUCUCGAAAUCUGCAGACGUUUAAUUGAACGAUAUUUUAGUACGCUCGAGGAGGUUAGCUGUAUUUUCGAUAAAACACAAAUUGAGAAAUGUAUUUUUGAUCUGGAAAAUUCAAACGGAAUUCCAGAAACGAUACUUGUCAUUUUUUCAGCUAUUAUAUCUGCAGUGUUAUCGUUUAGUGAGCCGCCGAUCGAAGCCGUCAAUUAUCUUGCUUCCAUAGGCAAAAAUAGUGUCAAUAUCCGCCUAGAAAUUGAUUUGAAAAUAAAUGAGUUCUUGCAGGAUGAAGAGGUUAAUCGUCUCUGGAAAGACAAUGACAGGAUCCGACUACACGCAUUACGAGCGCAGCAAGUCUCAAGGACAGAUUUUCGAAAGUUAAAUAAUGAUGUAUGUAAUGCUGUUCAUAUUGCUUGUUUUAGAAAUCCCAUUUUUCAAAGGAUGGAUUCGGAUACUGGAUCAGAAGCAAAACUUUGGUUGACGAUUUGCGAGAUUGAUGCAUUAGAUUGUGUUUUAAACUCUUGUCCGCCUUGGAUCCAACACGAUGUUUAUGCAAUUUCAACACCGCUGAAAAGUAAUUAUUCCAAUGAAAGUACUUAUGAGUUUCAUUGCAUACUCGACAAACUUUUGGUGUGUGGUUUGGAGGCAUACAAAACAGUACAUUCAUUAACUUCUGUAGAAUUUAUAGAUGUAAUUCCUCACUUCGAAACAAAAUUAUCGUUAAUUUUGAUGGAUAUCGAAUCCAAUUCUUCCUCUGAUGAUUCUAGUGCCAUCUUUCGAGGUUUAUUUUUGAAAGUUGUCUUUUGGGUUGUUCGGAAAAAUUUAUAUCAAUAUUUUAUUGCUGUAUCUCCCGCAUCUGUGCCUAAUUAUGAAAAACUUCUUCAAAAUUUAACACAAACAUUGAAACAGCUGACCCGCAUUAUAACCAACUCUAUAAACAUUUUCGAAGAAUAUGGAUGGCUAAAUUGUAUGCUAGUUCAAGUGGUUCAUUCGUUUUUUCUCUUAUGCAUAUGCUCAGAUAAAGGAUAUAGCUUACAGGAUGAUUUUUUUAACUCGGUAUCAGUUAUACAAGCAAUUAUAAAAAGGAAAAAAUAUUCUGAGCGAUUAUGGAAGAAGAUGCAUGAUCUUUUGCAAGUAUUAACUGGUGGUACUGUAUAUCAUUCAGAGUUGGAAGAUAAUACUUUUGAACAAAACGAUGAAACACUUUUUGACAUGUUUGCCGAUAUUUUUGAUUCUAAUUUCAAUCUUGUGGUGCCCUCGGGGUUGUAA